GGUCUCUUGUCUCUGUUGACGCAAAAUCGUUGUUAAAGAUUUGUUCUUCUUAAUUGGUAAAUUAAAGCAGUGAAAAAUACACAAAAAGUGCAAUAAAGUGGGCGCAAAUCUACUGCGUAUACUAGCACGCAGCGUGCAGAAAGUGAGUGUUGGACACUGUGCAAUUUGCAAAUUGGGUUUUGCAGAUUCGGUUUGCUAAAUCGAUUGGCAUUUUUUCUCUAUGUCUAUUUCCGCUGCUCCGAUUGCUGUCUCAUUCAUGCGCGCUUGAAUGAAGGAGCGCAUAGAAGAGGAGUAGAGAAGCCGCCGCCAAGCAGUCCAUAGUACUACAAGCAGGCAACAAUAACAACAAAAGCAACAGUAACAGCAACAAAACACUGUGGGAAGGUAAACAAACAGAGUACCGUUUAUUGCGUCAAAUAGGAUAAGCGCAGCAGUCGCUAAUGCGCGACAUGGCCGAUUUAGAUGCAGUACAUCUCGGCCUGGAUGAGAAUGAAGCGGAUAUUGCCGAGGAAUUGCAGGAUUUCGAUUCGUUCGACACGCGCAGUGAGGCGUCCAAAUCGCGAGCUGGCUCCAUGGCCUCCGACUCGGAGCCAAGCAUCAGCUCGGUAAGUACGGCUCCGUCCUCCGUGGGCAGCAGGAGCAGCAAACGGCUGACCAAAACCAAGUCUAGUAGUAAAGCAAGCAAAGAAACUGCUGCCAAACCCGCAACGUCAACAACUGCAACAGCUGCAUCUACUAGCAAGGGCAAAUCUUCUAAGAAAACCAAGCGUGCCGCAUCCCCCGGCGACCUUAAUGGUAAAAAGAAAAAGUCCAACAGCAGCGGCAGCGAGUCCAAGUCGAAGAAGCCCGUCGAGACAGAUGAGAAGGCCAACUCCAAGUCGCAGGACAGCGAGGAGCGUGAGCCGAGCAUCAAAAAAACGCGCAGCAAGAAAGCCACCAGUAGCAGCAGCUCCACGGCAGCCAAUCUGAGUGGAGCGGGUGCCAGCGGCAACAAGAGCGAUCUUAGCGAUGCGGAGGAUGAGAAACCCUCACUCUUGCCCGCACUCGAGUCGGAUAGUGAGUCCUCCGAUUCAGAUUCGGGCACUCAGCACAAACGGAAUGGCGGCGCGCGCAGCAAGGUGACGAUGGCGAACAGCUCGAAGGGCUCCACACCGGAAAAGGAUGGCGGUGGCAACACCCAAAAGUCCUAUGACUACAUGACUAAGCUGAAUUAUCUAUUUCGGGACACCCGCUUCUUUCUGAUCAAGUCCAACAACAGCGACAACGUGCAGCUGUCCAAGAGCAAGAGCGUCUGGGCGACGCUGCCCCAGAACGAUGCCAAUCUGAGUCAGGCCUUCAAGGAGGCGCGCAACGUGCUGCUCAUAUUCUCCGUCAAUGAGAGCGGUAAAUUCGCGGGCUUUGCGCGCAUGGCUGCGCCUUCGCGUAGGGAUAUACCGCAGGUGGCCUGGGUGCUGCCUCCCAGCAUUUCGCCCAAGGCUUUGGGCGGCGUCAUCGAGCUGGAUUGGAUAUGUCGCAAGGAGCUGUCGUUUAAUGCCACCUUGCACUUGCACAACUCGUGGAACGAGGGCAAGCCGGUAAAGAUUGGACGUGAUGGCCAGGAAAUUGAGCCCAAAAUUGGCGCCGAGCUGUGCCGCCUGUUUCCCGAGGACGAACAAAUCGAAUUGACGCCCAUUCUGCGGAAAUCCAAGGAAACGGCGCGUGUGAUGCGCGAGAAGGGCAUCCAUGUCAUCUACAAGGCGCCACGCAGCCUCUCCACGCGGGGCCAUAGCGGCGGUCGUGGCAACAGCCAGCUCGGACCGAUGCGGCACAAGCGCAGCUAUGGACAUGGCGCACCACAUCAUCAUCAACGACCCUAUCGGCAUCAUCAUCACCAUGGCAUGGGCAUGGGCAUGCCCGGCAGCGGCGGCUUCAAGCGUGGUGGCUCACCCUACCGCCAGAUGGCUGGCGGUGCAGCUGGUCCCGGUGACAUGGGCAUGCCCUCGUGGGAGCGCUACAUGUCCUCGGCCGCUGCUGCCGAGGCCUAUGUGGCCGACUACAUACGCAACAUGCACGGCCAGCUGCCCCCGCUGCCGUUUGUGCCGCCCUUUGGCCAGUUGCCGAUGCCCUCGGCUGCAGGAGCUGCCAACGCAUUACCACCGGGCGCACCAGCGUCAAUGUACGAGCAACUGCCGCCACCGGUGCGGUAUUAUGAUGGACCUGGAGCGCCGCCGCUGCCAGACUACCCGCCGCCACAGCCAAUGCGACCACCGCCGCCGGGUUUCGAUAAGGCGCCCAGCUACGAGGAUUUUGCGGCCUGGAAAAAUGCCGGUCUGCCCACAGUUUCGGCUCCACCUGGAUUUCCGGUCUACGCUGCCAACGGCAGUGGCAGCAGCAAUGCAGCUGGUGGCAACGUGGGCGGGCCAAACGUGCCGGGUAUCAGUGCAGGCAACCGGGACAACAACAACAGCUCCGUGGGCGGUCGACGACGCGAGUAUGGCGGCAAUCGUAGCGGAUCCUCGCGACAAUUUCGUGGCGAUCGCGGCGGCGGCGGCGGUGGUGGGGGGCAACGCAGCUAUCGGGACGGCAGACGUUGAGUGUGUCGUUGAGUAUUGUUUACGGGUAUUCAAAAAGUGCGCGAAAAUCCUCCCAACCUCCUCCUCCUCAAGAAAUGAUGCACAGAAAAGUGUCGCAACGGUCGCGUGUGAAACUAGAAAAGUAGAAGAAACGAAGAUGUCUUCGAAUGCAAUGAAAAUCAUAAAUGAAAUGUAAGCUAAGUGAGCAGCUGGACCCACGCACACAGCCCCAGCGCCAAUAAUCGUUAUACAAAUCCAAUCGUACGAACAGCUCGUCUCUUAUACACAACACUCCAACUCUCUCUCUCUCUCUCUCUCUCUGUUUCUUACACUCUCACUCUCUCUUUUGCCUAGCUAUUUGUCAUGCGAAAGUUCUCUAUGAUAUAAACAAACUUACAAAAUAAGCAAAUUACAAAAAAAAAAAAAACAUCAUCUAAUACAUAUUUUAAAACAAAACGAAAAAAAAAUACAGAAAAGAGAGAAAAAAAAUAUAUCAAGCACAAAACGUGAACUUUAUUUAAAAGACGCUACAACAACAACCUACAACAGCACAACAAGAACGUACCGUUAACAAUGUUAAUGAAAAAUCAAAGCAGUGACGUGUGUGUAAUGUGUGUGUGUGCUUUUAACCCCCGGUGCUUCCCCCACACGAGAGUUGGACUUUUAGUCAGAAGAAAGCAACCAAAGAGUUGAAAAUCGAACGUUCCAUGCGAAGUCGGAGUCGAGUCACGCCCCGCACUCCGCAGCCCCCUUAAGCAAACAGCACUCAUACUAUAUUUAUAUAUAUAAAUAAAUCGUUUUUAAAAA